AUUAAUAUUGUUGUUUAUGGUAAUCUUGUUGAUCUGAUUUAAAGUUGACAGUUGUGUACGUCCAUCAGGUAUUGUAUCCCGGAUGCAGGAAUAUCUGAAAAUGUAUAAAUACGGAGCGUUUCCUAAGGCAGCUUUAAAUCUGCAACCGAUUAUUUCUACUACUACUAGUUGGAUAUCAAGCAAUAUUGCUCUACAAAAUAAAGACUUUUAUUAUACAUUUGGCGAUGAUGCGGGUAUGUGUUUGGCUGCUGCCACUGGUGGCGCUGGUUGUGGCAAGGCCUCAAAAGAAGGAGAUCAGACACGAUAACCUGUGCCAAAAAACCUUCGAAUAUCCCUGGUCAACAGAGUACAUGUCCGAGCGUCAACCACUGGUUAGAACAAUACGCGGCUCGUGUACGGCAGACGUCGGAUUCUGUCCUACCGGAAGUUGCCGCUACAACCUCUACAGACACAAAAAGUGCCCUGAUGACGGUGUUGUUUGUCCAAAGUACAGGACAGAGGUCGUUGAUUGUGGAGUUUUUGGACAGCUUAAGGUACAGGUUGUAGACAAAUGUGUUUGUUGUGCUGACAAGGGAGUCUUUAUUCAGGGACUCGUUAAAGACGGGAAUAGCGGAGAGCCUCUGCAGAAAAUGACGGUUCUUUGGAAAGGCAAACAGGUCGACAUUACCACAGCAACGGGCAACUUUGAGUUUCUUAUUGGCUCUGAUGUUAGACAAGUUGUUAUUUUAGUAAAAGAUAAAAACGCCGACGGCGGAUACGGCGAAUACGCCGACGCUGUGAAAACCAUAGACAUUCCUAUCGGAUUUAGAGGGCCAGUAAACGUUGAAAUCCCGAUGUUAAAAAGAGCUGCACCUGUCUCGGUAGAUCCAACCAUCGAUACUGCUUUAGAACUGUUACCCGGAUCAAAUGUUGCCAAAAUGGUUAUAAAGGCAAACUCGGUAAAAGACGCAAAUGGUAACGUGUACGAUCAGAAGGUACUCGUACGAAUAACGUCAAUCAAUGUCUCCGUGGCGGAGACAGACGAUAUUCUCCCUGGUCGGUUUCUGACGGCCGACAAUGACCAGCUGGUCUCGGAUCUUGUUUUUGAACCAGUGAUUACGACGGCGGACGGUGAGACACUGUUUGUCGAAGCCUUAAUCCAGGUCAAUGCCGAGAUGUUGCUGUGGGAUAUGAACGGAAAAACAGGCCGCUGGGAAAAGGUUAAAACCAGUCGUAAUACUAAGGCAGAUUCGGCAGCACCAAGUCGGAAAGCCAGACAGAUACAGUUGACGGAUGAGUUCUUGAUCCAGAUCAACUCUGGAAACUGGUACAAUAUCGACAAGAUACCCGGUGCGCCACGAUGUUACUUCAAAGCUCGUGUAGUUUAUGAAAACCCCGCUGAGGCCAAUUUGCCUGCUGCCUUUCGGCCAACAGUUGUUGCUUUCACACCAAAUAACGAGAGAUUGCGAUUGUACCACCCAUUCACCACAGAUCCUGCUAACGAAUGUUUUGAAGUACGCUGUCUUGAUUUCAACUCGGCUAAUCCCACCAAUGUUCUCACAGGUCUAAUCAGUUACACCGCAUAUGAAAGUGUUUCUGUCGGCGGUGUCAACAUUCCAUUGGUCACAGCAUUGAAGGCCAAACAACUCACCGAUUACAUUCCUCCCAUCCAAGGACCACAUUCGUCCAUUUUCUACGAAAGACUGCUUCCAGUUAAAGAACAGGUUUACGUAAAUUUCAUUUCUGCAAACGACCACAGUCGGCCCUUUUAUGCAGACAGAGCGGUUUGUGAAGCCACCAAUGUUGCACAACCCGCAUUUCACUUUUAUAAGCCUGCGCUACCUAGCUACGAUCCGAUCCCUGACGAUACUGAGCUAUGUACAGCCCGGAUCGCCUUGCACAGCUGGACCGCGGGAUUCAUAGAUGUUCUGACUGAUCUGGCUACUUUGCCGUCUUUGACCGCCACCAGCGUUUGGACGUCUGGUAGCAAUAACUACUUCUAUACAAAUACUGCUACCUUGCAAAUAGCCACGGACGCUGCUGGCGUCGACUUUGUCCAAGUUUGUAUUACAUAUCGUUGCAGCAAACCAGAUGAGCCAACUACAGUUUACCUUGACAUUGACAUCCCGUGGAUCGACUCAACAAAUGGAAGUACGGACAGUACAAUCGCCCACCCGGCCUUCGUAUGUAACGGCAGGUGUAACGGCUCACUGUGCUCUCAAUUCAGCGAUGUAGUCUCACAAAACCCGCUUUCUGAUUUUGAAGGAGCUUUCCAAGUACCGGAAGUUGCAGGUGCAACUGGACCCGACUUUUACGAUGGUAUCGAUACCGAUUGUGGUGAAAGAAAUUCCACUGAAGCGUUUGCUUACGAGUUCUUUUGUUACACAAAAUGGAGGGGUACUGCUGAGAAUAGAGCUGCGGCUUGAUGCAGUAUUUUGAUGAUGUACAUUGUAGUAAUUAUUGACGACAACAUUAUAAAUCGAUCGUCAAAGGAAUAGGCGAUGUGAAUGAUAUUGUAACCUUAAAUUGAAUACUACCUGGAAUUUAUUGAAAGUGAAAUUUAAGAACUAAAAUAUUCUUCAAUUGAUGUUUACUUACGCAGCCUUUAUUCCGAAGUUCAUAUUUGUACUGUGAAUAAGCAUAAUAAUUCUUAACAUGUUUGUAUGGUGUGUGUUUAAAAUAUCUGUUAUAAAAAAUCAGUUUGUUACUUUACUUGCCUUUAGUUUUAAUCAAUAAAUCAUUUAAACAUG